CCAGUGUCUCUGGAUCCUCACUGGGGUCUAACACGUUUAUUAUUUGUUUCCACGCACUACGUCAAUGCCGCGGGCUAGCCGCAUCGCGUUACGGCGCCGCCCCAACCUCAUUACGUACCGUCGAGGGAGCUCUCACGACACCUUCCCCGAGUGUGCCAGAGCGAUUCCCGCGGCGCAUCCAUUGAAGACCUGCUAGCCCGCCCGUGACUGUGCGCCCACCCCCGCAGUCGCCAUGGAGCUCCAGCGCAAAGAGUACCCGGCGCUUCUGCAAGCGCUCUCGCCUGCGCAGGCCGUCGACGUCCUCAAUGGGCGCAUGAGGCACGUGAGCCAACUGAAUACGCAGAUUGCCGACUGGCUGCAGGAGCGGCGUCGCGUCGAAGAACAGUAUGUCCAGGGCCUGCGGAAGCUGGCGAACCGCCACCCGCCGGACGAGGCAUCGGAACUGGGCAUUUUCUCCGUGCCCUGGCAGAAGAUCGUGAGCGCAACCGGCGCCGUCGCCGCCUCCCACGAGCACCUCGCGCGCAAGAUUGAGUCCGACGUCGAGCGGCCCCUGCGCGAAUUCUGCGCCAACGACCGCGAUGUGCAGGCCAUGGGCAACAUGUCGGGCAACCUGACCGCCAUGGCCAAGGAGCUCGACGCUGCGCGCAAGAAGUCAGAGAAGCAGCGCGCCAAGGGCGCAAAGGCAAGACCCUCUGAGGUCGGCGAGGCCGCACAGGAGGAGCAGAACGCCGAGCUGCAGUGGGACUCGCAGGCGCCAUUCGUGUACGAGAAGCUGCAGGCCGUCGACGAGAGCCGCCUCAACCACCUGCGGGACGCCCUGACGCAGUUUGAGACACACGAGAUCGACCAGAUCGAGCGGAGCAGGGUCACGGCGGAAGACACGCUCAACGUGCUCCUGACAAUUGAGACAGCCGACGAGAUCCAGACCUGGUCCCUGAGACUACGGAGCGGAGACAUUCCACAGUCAACCCGCAAGAUGAGCAACCCUCCUGUGCCUGCCUCUCCGGCGAGAAAUCUGGCCCCGCCUCCAGUGCCUUCAGCAGCUAACCCUGCAGACGACGCUCGAAGCCAGAAGAGCGGUUCCAAGGACGAGAAGCACAGCUCGAACCCGUUGAAGCGCUUUGGUACGGUGCUUGGCCGUCGGAGACAAAGCGCUCACCCAUACGGCCGCGCAGUUUCGCCUGAACACAAGUCGUCCUCGAACUUAGGCUCAGCCUUUGGAUUUGGAAAGAACAAAAACAAGGACAAAGAUUUGCCUCCACCUUCCUCGUCAGCAGAUCGACCUCGCUCGCCGCUGAGGCGCUUAUCAUCGAGACGGGAGUCCGAACGAGCGCCAACGCCAGACCACCCACCGCCUUCAAGAGACGUAGAUGAGCCGAACGGAUUCGGCACUGCAACCCCCAAGGAAAACGAGACGGCAGCAGCUCCAGUGAAUGGAACCACGCAAGACUCGAUACCCGAAUUGGAGGAGCCUCUCGCCGUUCCACAAAUAGCGGAACCUAAGCCGGAGCCGGAGAAGGACGCUGAGGGGUUUUCUGUACCGCCAUCAGCACUUGACGCAAUCACAGAAGCCGAGCGCGAGGCUGGCUUCAGCCAGGGCGAGGGCAGCUCCACGCCCCAAUUCAAACUUGACAUCAGAAAUGCACCGAUCCAAGAAGAGGGAGAGGACAAUGACGCUGCCAUGGCCAGUGUCGUCAACACCCUGCGUGCGCAAGCGGCACAGCCUAAGCGCAACAGCACCCUUCGAGGACGCCGCGAUGUUCGGAACACAAUAUUCGUGCCUAACCCUGCGGUGCUAGACUUGCAGAGCAUAGGAGAGUCAUCUCCGCCACCCGCACUUCCUACCACCGGCUCGGCUCCGUCGAGUGCUUCGUUGCCAACCGCCAGCUCGCCUACUGUAUUCCCUCCGAUCAUCCCCCCACCACAGCCCGCUUCGCCAGUGUCCAAGCUUCCCCACAGAGCCUUGCUCUCUGACGAACAUGCCGCACCGGCAUCAGACACCCAGUCGAUUCGAUCGGGCCGAUCAUUGAGCAGCUCCGCUAGCUCCACUGUCAAGCACCCGGACCUGCACGAGCCCGGGCUAAAUGCUUCACUCGUAGAAACCGUUAGUGCAUGGUUCGAGCAAGGCAACGUCACCAAGGCCAUGGUCAUUGGGCAAGUGGCGCUCGCCUUCAACCCCACCGACAUAACGGCCGGGCCAUUCGGCACCGAACGCAUCCGUCUGGAGAACUUCCCUGUUCUUGAGAAAGUCGCACCAAACCCUGCGUUCAUUGAACAAGCCCAGGACAACCCCGGCGCCUACACCGUCGACCUGGCCAAGAUCACAAAGACCUCUGUCGCCUUCCACUACCAACUCCACAUUGAGAAUACCAGCGCCGCCGCUCUAGCCCCUAUCAUCCUUACCCCCCUGUGGAAAGCAGAACAGUCGCAGAUUUCUGCGAUCCUCAACUACUCGCUCAAUCCGCUCUUCGACCUCCACGGCGCCUCCAGCGUCACAAUCCGCAACCUCGUGCUCAUCGUGCGCCUCGAGCCAGGCUCGCGCGCGUCCGCGUGCCAGUCCAAACCCGCAGGCACCUUCUCACGCGACAAGGCCCUCAUCUACUGGCGGCUCGGCGACGUCACGCUGGCGCGCGACGCGCCGGCCCAGAGUAUCCGCGCCCGCUUCAUCACCGACGCGGACGCGAAGCCGGGGAAUACAGAGGCCCGCUGGGAGAUCUCGGGUGCUGAGUCGUUGGCUCUGGGCUCCGGGCUGGGGGUUAGUGUUGCGGGGACAGAGGAGAAGGAGGAUGAUCCGUUUGCAGAUGAGGAGAAUCGAGAGAGUGAGGCGCCAGUCGUGGCGUGGAAGGGGGUGCCGAGCGUGAAGCGGAUUGUGAGCGGGACGUAUAUGGGUGUGUGAGAGCGGGGAGGGAGGGAAGGGGGCUGUUGCUGUGGAGGAUGUCGUUUUUAAUCUACACGAUCACGUGUCUCUUGGACUUCUUGUACAUAGUCAUAAUCUUGGUUUCGUUUGUGCUUAUAAAGUUG